UGGCAGGAACUUCCGGUUGGGUUGGUGAGGGAGUUUGGGGAGUCUGGAGAGCCGGGAUCGGAGCCCAGAGAGAAGCUAUUUGUCACUAGUGUCCAGUACCUUGUGGUUGCAACUUAGUGACAUGACAAAGAGACAGCGUUUAACCCCCAGAGCCAAGAACCAUCUGUAGUGAAGUCAUCCUCUAAAGUAUUCGAAUGAUGGCUACGGCUUCAGGCUGCCACAUACAAGCUCUGCAGAAAAACUCUACCUGGAGUCAGAAAACUGCCCUUCAGGUAGAAGGAACAGCUGACUCAGAAGUCUUCCGUCAGCACUUCCGGCAGUUUUGCUACCAAGAGGUGGCUGGGCCCCAUGAAGCUUUUAGUACACUUUGGGAACUUUGUUGUAGGUGGUUGAGGCCCAAGACAAACUCAAAAGAACAAAUCUUAGAAAUGCUGGUCCUGGAGCAGUUCCUAACCAUUCUGCCUGGGGAGAUCCAGGUCCAGGUGAGAGAGCAUCAUCCAGAAAAUGGUGAGGAGGCUGUGGCACUUGUUGAGGACUUGCAGAAAGAAACUGAGAGACCAGAACAACAGGCCUAUUCCCAGUUUCCAGUCAGUGUGCAAAACCCAGAAGUUCUUGUGGAGAAGAAAGUGUCUCUGGGAACAGCACAGGAGUCCAUGAGCUACCACCUAAAGCAAGAGGAGAACCAGCAGGAAAAAGAUGCAUCAUGGAGCCUUCAUCAGAGACCACAGAAACAGGCAGACUAUGAACAGGAGCCUCCAGUCAGACCAGACACAAUCAAGCUAGCUCCCCAGGUUUCUGCCUUUCCCUGGGAGAGAAGGAAGAUAAACCAGGAGAAGGAAGCUGUAAUCCUUACAACUGGCUUUCAGGAACCAGUCACAUGUGGGGAUGUGACCAUGUCCUUCUCCCAGGAAGAGUGGAGGUGUUUGAAUUCUGCUCAGAGGGUCCUCUACAGGGGUAUCAUGCAGGAGAAUUGCAGAAAUGUGGACUCAUUGGGACUUUCCAAGCCUCUUCUAAUCUCUGAGGUGGAGCAUGGAAAAGAUAUAUGUCUUCCAGAUCUUCAGAGUUCCAAGGAGACAGAAAUCCUAAAUACCUCCCAUACAAAUGAAGAUCGAAUACAAACUGAGAAACGAGCAAAGAAAGAAGGGAAAAACUGGGGAGGCCAGACGCUACAGCGGGACUUGGAGGAUGAGAAAAUCACAGAAGUCAAGAAUGAGAUUAAAAAGGAGGAUCUAAAAUGGGAAUAUUCAGAAAAAGAGCAGCUGAGCAGAACAAUACCAGGAAGAUUUAAUCAACAAAUUUUCCAAUAUCCUGUUUUGAAAGAAGCCUGUGAGACUGUGAGCAAGUUAAGAAAACAACUUAUAAAUUUUCCACGAGAGAGACAAUGCAAACCAGAUUUCCAUGAGAGAGAUUUAAUAAAAAAAUUAGAUCAACAGAAACUCUGUGUUGGAGAAAAACACUAUAAACAACUUGCAUGUGGAAACAGCUUCUCUCAAAAUUCCCUCAAAUCAGUCCCUGAAUUAGAAAAGACUACUAGAUGUCAUGAGUGUGGGAAAAGUUUCAGUCGUGGUUCUUAUCUUGUUAGGCAUCAGAGAAUCCACACAGGUGAGAAACCCCACAAAUGCAAUGAAUGUGGGAAAAGUUUCAGUGAGCGUUCCAACCUCACUGCCCACCUGAGAACCCAUACUGGAGAGAGGCCCUACAAGUGUGGCGAGUGUGGGAAAAGCUUCAAUCAGAGCUCAAGCCUCAUUGUCCAUCAGAGAACCCACACAGGAGAAAAGCCAUAUCAGUGUAAUGAGUGUGGGAAAAGGUUCAACAAUAGCUCCCAGUUUAGUGCUCAUCGGCGAGCUCACACUGGGGAGAGUCCAUAUAAAUGUAGGGAAUGUGGGAAAAGCUUCAAUAAUAGUUCCCAUUUCAAUGCCCAUCAAAGAACGCAUACUGGUGAGAAGCCCUAUGAAUGUCUUCAAUGUGGGAAAAGCUUCAGUAAGAGUUCUGCCCUUACUAGACACCAGGGAGUUCAUAUGAGAGAGAAGUUUCUGAUUCAGUCGAGGCUUAAUGAACUUGAGAGAAACAUAUCAUAAAUAUUUGCUGCUUGGAGGAAAGGAUGAUAGAGAAUUCUUAAAUCACAGCUGGCUAACAGGUGCUUGUUAAGCUUUCCUUAACAUUUCCACUAAGUCUGAUCCAUAUUCUAAGACUAUCUCUGGUUGGCUUUGUAUAGUACAGGAAUAGAAUCAAAAAACCAUACAGUUCAGCUCUGACUAAAAAAUUCCCUACUGUUACAUAGUUUCUUUCAGUAAUGCAAAGGAAUGUGACCCAUUAAUUCAUUGGCAUAGGCCUUUCUUUCUGUGAUCCCACAGCACUUAAAAAGAUACACAGACUGACCAGUGGAGGUGAAGUGUUUCAGGGUCAGUCUUCUUGGCAGGAAUUUUUUUGGUUUUAGAAUUAUGAUUCCAUCAGUGUAUGCAACCCCUAAUGUGUAAACUCCUUCUACCAGUACAGAAUAAGCAAGUUAUGUUUAAUUUUAGAUUCUUAGAAAUUGCUUGGGUCCCUGAAAGGUUGUGACUUGCCCAUGGUAUCCCAACUAUCUGUGACUUGAACCCAGGUCUUCCUGACUCCAAGACCAAGUUUUGUGGGAUCAUAUAUCUUUCAGAUAGGAUAGUUAAUAAUAUAGAAUAUUUCCUCCUCCUGAUUUGAAUAUGCAUUUAAAAUUAAGCCAUAGGUAACCAGUAAUUCAGUUUCAGGUUCCCAAGGAUCGUUGGCACAAUGAUCUACUGAGUUAACUGCUUAGAAGGAAUACUAAAAUGUCAUCAACAAAAUGGGAUGGAAUAGGGUCAAACCCAUAUAGAAUGAUUUGAUCUUGGAAUAUAUGUAAUAUUUGGGUUUGCCUUUUUAAAAAUUGAAAUGGAAUAAAAUGUAGUAAUUCUUUAUUUUUGACCCAAUUCCUUUUAAGUUAAAAAUGUGGCUGCUAGGAAUUGGCUUGCCUUUCCUUCAACAAAUGUUUUGUAAACAUUACUGUUUCUGAUGAAAAUAAAAGUCUCUCCC